AUGUUUCUCCAUCAGAAUGCGGCAAUUGAAUAUCUGUGUCGCAGUGUGCCCAAACACCACUCCCACCUUUUCUUAAACAACCCCGGAUAUGCCUGCCGGGAGCAGGAAGCCUUCCUGAUUCGCGACUUUGACGCACCCAGUCAAGUCGACCAAGCCCAGCAGCUGACGGGACCCAGCAGCAGUAGCAGCAGUUAUGCCAGCUCACUCCUGCAGCUUCCAGCACUCCUACCGCUUCCAGCUCACUCAUGCAGCUUCCAGCACUCCUGCAGCUUCCAGCAGUUUCCAGCUCACUCCUACUGCUUCCAGCUCACUCCUGCAGCUUCCAGCUCACUCCUGCAGCGCUCUACUGACAUCCCACUACCUAUUCCAGCACUCGCUGACGAUCUAAUCCAGUGCCCACGUUACCACAUUAACGUCCGAACAAACGACCUCUGUCGUCUUACCAUCCACCGUUCACAAAUAAAGACACGAUUUCCAUCGUCUACAACGGACCAUCUGCAUUUGUCAUCCUUCUUUGCUAUUGCCAUCUCCUUGCCUUUGUGUCCCCUAUUUUAG